CCCACCCAACAUCGGGCGCCGACGUGGGCCGACAAGGCCAUCUGCUCCACGCUUCCCGCUGCUCGUAUGAUCCUUAGCGCUUCUGUUACUUGCUAUUCGGACACUCCCCAGAAUGGCGAGAGCAUGUGUGCGGUCCCUGGCACUGCUUAGUCUGCUGGUUUUGGCAGACUCGGCGCUUGGCAUGUACAACCUAUCCCCACCGACGGAGGUGAUGACAGCUUCUGGAAGGAUCGUGGGAACUCUGGAGAAGUCGACGAAGGGCAAGACAUUUAUUAGUUUCCAUGGGAUACCGUAUGCCCAGCCUCCUGUAGGACCCCUUCGUCUUCGGGAUCCAGUCAAAGCAACUCCCUGGGACGGCGUGAGGAACGGGACCAUACCGCCGCCUCCUUGCCUCCAGGUCCCCUUCUCGCUGGCGGUGAUGGGGGUCAAAUUGCCUGCCGGUCAGCUCGUGGGUUCUGAGGACUGCCUCUUCCUCAAUGUGUUUACACCAAGGACGUUCGGAAUGAAAGGAUUGCCUGUAAUGGUGUUCUUCCACGGCGGCGCCUUCUUUGCUGGUGGAGCCUCAGAGUACAAGCCAUACGCCCUUCUCAACCACGACGUUGUCUUGGUGGUUGUGCAGUACAGACUCGGCGUCUUAGGCUUCCUUUCGACCGAGGAUGACGUGCUGCCUGGUAACUACGGCUUGAAGGACCAGACAUUGGCCCUCCAAUGGGUGCAGGAGAACAUCAGGAACUUCGGUGGCGAUCCCAAGCGGGUUACCAUCUUCGGCCAGAGCGCGGGCGGGACCUUUGUUCAUUACCAUAUCAUGUCGCCCAAAUCUGAAGGGCUCUUCCAACGAGCCAUCAUGCAGUCGGGCACUUCAGUCAACCCCUUUUCCGUGGCCGUCGGUCUCCGGCAGGCAACACUCACCUUAGGGGCGUCUCUCGGGUGCCAAGGCGAUGCUGGGAGUGAAGAAUUCCUUCGGUGUCUUCAAAGGACCGAUGCUCAAGAUCUGGCAGCUGGAUUCCAAAAUUUCUUCGCCUGGUUCCUCAGCCCUUUGUUCUUCUUGCCUCGCGUCGAUGGUGACUUCAUGCCCGAAGACCCUAACGUGCUGCUGCGGGAGGGGAGGCACCAGCAUGUCGACCUCAUGUCGGGGGUGACGGCACACGAAGGGGCGUUCGGGACGAAGCCUCUCUACUCUCGCCCUGAAUUGGUAACCAGUCUCCUGGAAAACCCCAGCCUCCUGCCCCUGAGCGUCUUGUGUUGUGUAGGAGCGGAGGACCCAAUGGCCACCACACUGAGGAUCUAUCAACACUACCUUGGCGGUCUGAAUAUUAACGAUACAGAGAGAGUGACGGAGAUGAUGUCGAAUCGGCUAUUUAAGGUGAGCCAAGACCUCGCCACACAAUACCACUCGAAAAACGUUUCUCCCGGCAAGAAAACGUUCUCGUACGAACUGACCCACCGUGGCCAGCUCUCUGUAGGUGACUAUUUCGAGACGCCCGUCGGGAAGCACUGGGUCAUGCACAGCGACGACCUCUUCUACCUGUUCCAAAGAGAUUCACUGGUCCCGAUCCCGAAGAUCCCAGGUCGCCCAGAUGACCUGGUUCGCGAAGAUGACCUGAGGUUGCGAGACAUUAUGACGACGAUGUGGACUAAUUUUGCAGCUUAUGGUGACCCAACACCUGACCUCAGCCUCGGGUUCAAGUGGGAAGAGGCCACAGAGAAUGACCUCAAGCACCUAGACCUUACACCGAACCCGGUCAUGAUGGGUGAUCAGCGUAAAGAGGUUAGAAGAUUUCACGCGUCACUACCAACAAGUCAGAAUUACAUUUUAAAUCCAGAACUUGUAACACCAUAAUCUCAUGAAUUAGAUAAUUAUCCUAGUAAUUUGAGUGGAUCAAUUCAAUUUCAAGAUCAUCUUUUCUACAUAAUUAUUUGAUCUACCAGCAUUUCAACCGUUUUUCUCUGAAUCUAUUUCCAUCCUAAACGAGGUCUAUUUGAUCUUUCUUUUAACAAUGAAAGAUACAUGGCAACAAUGUAUUAAAUCCAAGUAAAAUAAAUUACCACUCAUGGUUAAUGCUUUAAACAUAUAAUUGUGCUUGAUAUCAAAGGUCAAACAGCACUAUUACUACACAUGAUACGCCAGUUUGUUUCUUUUUUUCAUGCUAGCGUUAGGUAUUAAAUCACUAAUUCUUCACAUUUUUUUUCCUCAUUUCACCCGAUAACUGCUUGCCAUUAUCUAUCUAUUCAUCAAUCUGUCUAUCUAUCUAUCUAUCCAUCUCUCUAUGUAUCUAUCUAUAUAUGUGUCUCUCUGUUAUGUAUAAUUAUUAUCAUCUUGCUGUCAGUGUACGAUAUAUGUAUAUAACGUGUUUACAAUUAAUAAAAUUCCUAACUGAA